CCUACACAUGGCGUCCUUCAAAAUUCUCUCCAGAUCAGAGGAAUUAUACAGAAAUGUGUUCCUGCUCAGCAGGCAGAGAGGACCUAACUUUAUCCAAGAUGCAAAGGUGAGCACUCGUCACCUGUCUACCUCCUGCACCAGACAAGCUGUCUUCUACUCUGACCCUGCCGACGCAGUGAGGGACAUCCCAGACGGCUCCACGCUGCUUGUGGGAGGGUUUGGAUUGUGUGGGAUACCGGAGAACCUGAUAGGAAGCUUGUUAAAGACUGGGGUGAAGGGGAUCACUGCAGUCAGCAACAAUGCAGGGGUGGAUAACUUUGGUCUGGGACUGCUGCUGAGGACCAAUCAGAUCAGGAGGAUGAUCUCGUCAUACGUUGGGGAGAACGCAGAGUUUGAGAGACAGUACCUCUCAGGGGAGCUGGAAGUGGAGCUCACCCCCCAGGGUACUCUGGCAGAGAGGGUGCGGGCGGGCGGAGCAGGAAUCCCUGCCUUCUUCACGCCCACAGGCUACGGCACCCUCAUCCAGGAGGGGGGCUCACCCAUCAGAUACAACCCUGACGGCAGCGUGGCCAUCGCCAGCACACCCAGAGAGGUGAGGGAGUUUAAUGGUGUACACUAUGUGAUGGAGAGAGCAAUCACAGGUGACUUUGCUCUGGUUAAAGCCUGGAAAGCCGACAGAGCUGGAAACCUUGUUUUCAGAAAAGCUGCCAGGAACUUCAACCUGCCCAUGUGCAAGGCAGCUAAAAUCACCAUAGUAGAGGUGGAGGAAGUGGUGGAGGUGGGGACGUUUGCGGCUGAGGACAUCCACGUCCCCAGUAUCUAUGUGGACAGGAUCGUAAAGGGAGAGGCCUAUGAGAAGAGGAUUGAGAAGAGGACCAUCCAGAGGGGCCCAGAGGAGCGCCCCAAGCCCAGGCGGGAGGUGGAUGUGGUGAGGGAGAGGAUCAUCCGACGAGCCGCCCUGGAGUUCCAGGAUGGAAUGUACGUUAACCUUGGUAUUGGGAUCCCCAUGCUGGCCAGCAACUACAUUAGCCCAGAUAUCACUGUUCAUCUUCAGAGUGAGAACGGCCUUCUGGGAUUGGGUCCUUAUCCUACAGAGAGUGAAGUCGACCCAGACCUCAUCAAUGCAGGUAAAGAGACAGUCACUGUGCUUCCGGGUGCUUCCUUCUUCUCCAGUGAGGAGUCCUUUGCUAUGAUCAGAGGCGGUCAUGUCGACCUGACUAUGCUAGGAGCCAUGCAGGUGUCACAGUAUGGAGACCUGGCCAACUGGAUGAUCCCGGGGAAGAUGGUGAAGGGGAUGGGAGGAGCAAUGGACCUCGUGGCCUGCCCAGGAACCAGAGUGGUCUUGACAAUGGAGCACUCUGCCAAGGGAGGCAAACACAAAAUCCUGGAGCACUGCACUCUCCCUCUGACAGGAAAGCAGUGCGUGGAUCGCAUCAUUACAGAGAGGGCUGUCUUUGAUGUUGACAGAACCAAUGGGCUCACUCUGGUGGAGUUGUGGGAGGGACUAAGCCUCGAGCAAAUCAGGAAAUGCACAGGAUCAGAUUUUGCUGUGUCCCCAAGCUUGAAACCAAUGCCACAAAUCUGAAGCAAAAUCCGAGAAAAGAAUGUAAUUGAAACCAGUAAAAAGAAAACAGUAGAAUACUCUACCACAGAACUACACUCACCCCAUACUAAGACAUUCCUGUCAUAAACCUGGAAUAAACAAGACACAUUGAAAGGCUCAUGAAUUUACAGUUACUUGCUAUCUACAGUACAAUAGCAGUGUGUCUCAAAGGGUUGAGUUACAUUUAAAAUGUUGUAGUAUGUAUUUAGUAAAUUAUGAAACAAUGUUUUCUGUUUUGGAUGAUAAAAGCCUGCUUGUUGUUGACUUA